AUACAAGAUAUAUUUAAAUAUAUUUUAUUGCUCAUCACAGUACCAUUUAGCGAAUGUCAGUUUUUGUUCAUAAAAUAAUAAGGGGAGAAAAUGCCAUGACCUAAAAUUUAAAAGAAGAUAAAAUCAACAAGUAUUUGUGAUGUACAGUAAUAUGAGACCUUUAAUUUUUUUGCAUGAUCGGCGACGCAAGGAAACGCUUUAAAACUAGACAAAAGAAAAUAACCUAAUCCAAGCACAAGAUUCCUAACUAGCCACAAGUAAUAACUUUAUCACUUGAGGUAACUCCAAAAGCAAUUGCCUGAGGGGUAAAAGCGAAUAUAAAGAACGGUAGCGGUCAUUAAUUCAAAUAAAUCUGUACAUUUCCAGUUGCUGGGUGGGUCACGAAAGAAAGACCCCUAACACGUGGCUGCUUAAACUGAUCUCAGUGGGCUGCUUAGCAUAUUCAUAAAUUUCAUUUGAAUUGAUCCAACAUAGAACAAGAUGGCAUCUGCAUCUUUGCGUUAUCCUGACUUAAUUGGUAUCAAAAGAGAUGGUGGAAACCUCAGUCCAGACCAAAUUGCACAUUUCAUCCGCGGAAUCGUUGAAGGUAAUGUUCAUGGCUCUCAACUUGGUGCAAUGCUCAUGGCAAUCUAUUUGAAAGGAAUGAACCACGACGAAACGAUCGGCCUAACUCAUUCAAUGCUAAAUUCCGGGGAGAUAUUUUCAUGGCCUGAUGAAUGGAAGCAUUUAGUUGUGGAUAAACAUUCAACUGGAGGGGUUGGUGAUAAAGUUAGUCUUCCACUAGCCCCUGCACUGGCUGCCUGUGGCCUGAAGGUUCCAAUGAUAUCUGGUCGAUCAUUAGGGUUCACUGGAGGCACUCUUGACAAGCUUGAAUCCAUACCAGGAUUUAGGACAAGUUUAACAAAGGAUGAGAUCAUAAAUAUUGUUAAAGAGGUAGGAUGCUGUAUAGUUGGACAGACAGAGUCAAUUGUUCCUGCAGACAAAAUUCUUUACAGCAUACGAGACAUAACGGGGACAGUUGCCUGCAUCCCAUUGGUUGCCAGCUCGAUUAUUUCCAAGAAGGCAGCUGAAAAACCAAAAGCGCUGGUUCUUGAUGUCAAAUGUGGCAACGGUUGUUUCAAUAAAACAAAGGAAGUUGCUGACGCUCUUGCUAAAGCGAUGGUGUUGGCCAGCAACGGUCUUGGUAUACAGACAACAGCCUUUAUCACUGAGAUGGAUAAUCCGAUAGGCCGUGCAAUCGGGAAUUCAGUGGAAGUUGCCGAAUCAUUAGAGUGCCUUCACGGAAAGGGACCCAAGGACCUGAAAGAGCUGAUUUGCAUGCAAGGUGGUGAACUUUUGUUGCUGACGGGCAAAGCCUCUUCAUCAGAAGAAGGCUAUCGAAAGAUACUAUCAACUCUUGAAGACGGAAGUGCUUUGUUGAAAUUCAAAGAAAUGAUGGAAGCUCAAGGCGUCGAUAAAGCUGUUUCUGAUAAGCUUUGCAGCUGUGCUGAUGUUUAUGAUACAUUGCCACUUUCAGAGUUCAAGACAACAGUAAAUGCUGAAAUCAGUGGAGUUGUGACUGCCAUCGACUCACUUUCCUGUGCGGAGGUGACGUCAGCAAUUGGCGCUGGGAGGACGAAGCCGGGAGAAUCAGUCAUGCAUAAUGUUGGUAUACAUUUACAUUGUCAUGUUGGCGAAGUAGUUCAAAGUGGUAGUCCAAUUUUAACUGUAUAUCACAAGGAUAAAACAUUGGAAGAUGAAUUCAUUAGAAAGCUAGAAUGCGUCAUAUCCCUCGACCCAGCCUCAAAAGAAGAAGUUAGUAUGAAAUCAAGAAUUUUGGAUGUGGUCAGGAAAUAUUGAUUUGUUUGGUUUUUUCAAAUGUCUGAACAAAAUAAUCUUUUUCUACUUUUGCAAGCAAUGUAUCUCUUAUGAAGAUAUCAUUAUUGCCCAAGAUACGAAUCAAUUCUUCAAAUUCAAAUAAGUUUUAGGUAAACGGGAGAUUUUUUCUAGAAUUAAGUAAGUGUUUUUAGUCAACUUUUUUGUAAACAGAGUUGCUAGAUGUGCGUGGCAUGUAACUGUAUUAUUCACGGGCUUUUCUUUAAGUAAUAAAAUAGUUUUUGCAAAUUGGGGUGAGUAGUGUGUUGUUUUAGCUACAUCUAAGAUAAGAAGAAAUAUACAGAGCUUCUUGGCCUAACAAGUGUUAUAUCCUCCGGAUUGUCCGUCGCCUCGAACGUAUCUGUAUGCAUCUAAUUUAGGAAUAUUUAAUUUUUACCCGUGUAAGGACAAUGAAAAGUCCUAUUUCCGCUAGAAAUGUGGCAUGUCCUCCACGUAAACACUAUUUAUCGAUAUAUUAUAUAGUAUAACAUAUAUUGGUAUAAUAUGUUUUUAGUUUUGAGUUUUGUGUCUUAAGUAAUGUUGUAGAAUUUGGGUAGAAUGAAUUCGUGGGAAAAUUGG